AGGUCUUUCUUCAUUCAAACUAAAGCAAGAAGGACAGUUUACAGAGAGGUUCCCAUGUCGGAUAACCCCAUUAACUUGAAUCAUGUCGUGAGACCUGAAGGACGCGUGCACAUAGAGAUCAUAUAUCCUAGGGAUCACUUUUUCGACACGCCACAAAGACGUAAAGGCCAUAAAGAAAGACAAUUCAAGAUGCCGGAACCUAGAGGUAUCGCACCAGGACAGAACCCAGUUCGAUAUCAUUACAAGACAGAUUUCUCAAAAGUAAAAGACUCUGUAAAGGCUGGUGUUUCUGUUGAAGAGGUUGUGAAUGGGAAUUAAGAGACACAUAUUAAUGGGGAAUAAUUGGUAAAACGUUGGUUGUUCUGAUUGGAUCAUUCAUAAACAUUUAUCAUAUAGAAUGAACAUUUAUGAUAUUAUCUCAAAAUGGACUGUUUCAAGAGGCAAGAAGCAUUGUCGGUUCAAACAGGGUGUUAGUAUGUUAAGCCAUUAUAAAAGUUUCGAUCAAGCUGAAUUAUAAAUGUAAGAAGAGAAAAAUAUUCAGACAGUGUACCAAGUAGUAUAUUUAUCAACAACUUUUAACGUAGAG